AUGCCCUGCCACCCUCGCCGGACCAGGCGCAGGGGCCCGGGGCCCAAGAUCAGUGGCUCAAGGUUCGUGCGAUCAGAGCAGUGGCCCAGCGGCCUGAGGAUGCCGGUGCGCAUCGUCAAGAAAGAUGACCUGAGGAAAGUUUAUCCGCCGAAUGGCAUCCCCACGGCCAAGAACCAGACGCCGGAUGACUUCCUCUUCCAGGCCUGCCAGUAUUCCGUGAGCACGGCCACUCUGGAGAGAGCUCUCCAGAAGAACGCCAACGUGAACGCCCGCAACAAGGAGGGCAACACGCCCCUGAUGCUUGCUUGUCAGAACUGGACGGGCUCUCAGUACCUGGCCUUCAUCAACAAGCUGCUGGAGCAGAAGGCAGAUGUGAAUGUGGAGAGUGGCUGGGGCUUUACACCGCUGGACAAGGUGACAGAGCUUCUGAAGGAGCAGGAGGCUGCAAGGAAACAAGAGAUGCGGAACCAGGAGGAGAGGCGAGAGAUCAUGGAGGGCCGCAGCAUCGUGGGCUACGGCUUUGGCACCGCCGAGGAGCAGCGGCAGCGGGAGGUGCCCAAUCAGCCGCUGGCAGACGAGCUGGACACCUUCAAAUGUUUGCCCCAACUCCGCGAGUGCAAAAAGCUUCUAGAGCAGAAGGGCGCCAAGUGCGGGGAGGCGCCUUUCAACCCCGCCUACCUCACCACUGAGGCUGGUCGACGACUAUCAGAGAUCAAUGACUUUGUUGGAGACGUGCUGACUCCAUGGGAGAUUCAGCCUCUGGAAGUUGGUUGUUUUUCGGAGGCUUUGCGACAAGAUGUGGAUGUCUUACUCUCAGAGAUGGGAACUGUGACCGAGGCACAGCAGAGCGUGAUCCGCGUUCUGCAGGAGAGUCUAGUGGGACGGCGGCUCCGCAUUUGCCCAGAAGCCCCUUUGAUGCCGAGCUAUCGUUAUGAAGACAACUGCCUGGUUCCCGUGUCCAAGGAGUUGCCGCCAUACGAGGUGCACAUUCUUUCCAUUGAGCUGGUGGGAUCCCAGGGGCAGAUGACGCAGGUGCCGGGGUCGGAUCUGGAUGCGGUGGCGCUGCUGGACUUCGCCUUCGCCAAAGACUUCGAGGCUGUGAAGGAAGACUUCAUGAUCCACGGCCAUGAAGCCCUCCGCAAUGCCAUGAUCGGCUGGCUGCGGCAGAAUCCCAAGGUUGGUCUCCGGGAUGAAGCAGAGAGCCUUCACAAGUCCAGGGUUGAGUGCACUAUUGAUAACAUGGAGGUGGAUGUCUUGCAGGCCAUGCUUCCGCACCAUCUCACGGUUGAUGAUAUGAGGAUGCAGAAGCCUGGGGUGUGGAUUAAGGAGGUGCUCCGAAAAGUGAACCAUGCUGACUCCAAACGGAAUGUGCGGAAGACUCGCUGGGUGGCAGCGCAGCAUCAGAUCGUCCGGGAUGCUGCGAGACUCAUGAAGCUUUGGGCACGCCAGGUUCGCGAGGAAGAAGCAAAAGAACUGGAUGAUGAGGAGCUACACCCCAAGAUCAACACGUAUGCGCUCACACUGCUGCUGGCUGCCUUACAUCUGUCUGCUGCUUCAAACUUUUCCUUGGAACUGUGCGCUCGAGCCUGGCGCGUGUUGGCCUCACUGCGCGUAGAUCUGCUUGCAGUUGUCAGCUUUGAUCGCAACUUCUCAGCUAGACUGUCUCGCGGCCCGCGCUUCCAUCCGGAGUUGCUGAUGGCUCUGAACUUCCAGGGUGUCGAGCUGUACGGGCUCAUGGUUGAAGAUAUCGUGCAGGUAGACCGCUUUUAUCCGUGUGGAACCCUGCCCACCUGGAAGCUGGCCACUUUUGCCAGUUCCGCUCUGAUGCAACUGGCGUCAGCGCAGACGUGGGGGCAACUGCUUGCUCAACACCCGCCAGCCGGCGUGCAAGAAGAGCUCAGGAGGUUCUCUUCUUCCAUGGAGGCACAUUGGUCCUUUUUCCGCGGGCUAGCAGCGGCCAGGUGCCCUAAUGGUCACCAACUAGACUUGGGCGUGCUGGGCAUGAGCCUGGAGUGUGAUGAGUGCCAGCUCAGAGGCGAUGGGAUGCAUAUGCUGGGGUGCCGACAAUGCGAUUUCGAUCUUUGUCGAGCAUGUGCCAGCGCCGUCCGCAUGACAUGUAGCCAAUUCCCUGUGCCAGCUUCGCUUGAGCAGCUCCUCAAUGCAAAAGAUGCGAUGUGGCAUGGCUGA